UUGGAGGACACAUUCCUUACGAGGUAAAGUUAGACAUAAACAAGCCGUGGUGACGUGUGGUGCAGGUGCCCGACUCCCUGGAGUUGAAUUCAGACAAGAAAAGGCAAUUUGUUGUGACUGUUAAUGGCCAGACUAUAGGAUAAAAUAAUGGACACACUAAGAUUUGCUGGGGAUGCCGAUGACGACCUUUAUUCUGGAUUUAACACAGUUCACCCAGCCCUUGAUACUCGACACUUAGAAGCUGAUCAAGGUUUUCAAGAAGCGGUGCGCACGAGCUAUGGACGACGUCCUCCGACUCAGAGCCGUGCUCCAGCAACUGCUGCCCGUCUUACAUCUGGUGCUGUUCCUCGGCUGGGCACUCAGGGUGCGGGAGUACCCCUACAUAGCUCCCUGGGCCUGGUAGGUGGUAGUGGCUCCAGUGAUGGAUUGCGAAGGCCCAUGACAAGCAUGAGAGGGACUGGCUACACCUCACAUGGCAGUGUAUUUGAUCCACUCCAUCAGGCUAAUAAGGGUCCUGCACCACCACUUAUUUCAAAGACAGAAGAAAGUCCUGAGGAAAAGAUAAAGUCUUUGGAGCGUCGUGUGAUGGGGCUAAUUGAAGAAUCAUGUAUGGCAGCCUCACGAAAUGAAAUAGGUCUGGCACUAGACCGAGCGAAGGAGGCGUCCAGCAAAGAGCGUUCCCUAAUUCGGCAACGUGAACAAGCAGGGUUAUCAGAUGGACAUAAUUUGGACCUUACAUUUUCUGUUCUGUUUAACCUGGCAAACCAGUAUGCUGCCAAUGAUAUGUACACAGAAGCUCUGAAUACUUAUCAAGUCAUCACUAAGGACCGUAUGUUUAAUAAUUCUGGAAGGCUCAGAGUGAACAUGGGAAAUAUUCACUACAAGAUGGGUCAGUACAACAAGGCCAUCAAGUUUUACCGCAUGGCACUAGACCAGGUGCCAAAUACCCACAAGAGUAUGAGGAUAAAGAUAAUGCACAAUAUAGGUUUGGUUUUUGUGCGUAUGGGCCAGUACUCCGAGGCUUGCACGAGCUUCGAGUAUAUAAUGCAAGAGGAGGCAAAUUUCAAGACAGGUUUGGACUUGGUCACAGCUUAUUAUGCCCUUGGAGAUAAGGAAAGAAUGAAAAAGGGAUUCCUACGUUUGCUGGAGUGUCAACUUGAUAUUGAUGAUGAUGAAAAAUACACUGCAUCAUCAGAUGAUACUCAGGCAAAUCUUAUACUAGAAGUGAUUCGCAACGACCCUCUCCGAAAGAUGGAACGUCAGAUGAAGCAAGAAGCAGAGCGCUCCAUCCUUACUGCUGCCAAGCUUAUUUCCCCAGUGAUUGAAAAUUCCUUCAGUGAUGGAUACAAUUGGUGUGUUGAUGCAAUUAAGAACUCACAGUAUGUAGACUUGGCUAAUGAUCUGGAGAUCAACAAGGCUGUCAUGUAUUUGAGACAAAAGAACUUUAAGGAUGCAGUAGAAACUCUCAAGAUGUUUGAGAAGAAGGAGACCAAAGUGGCCAGCACAGCAGCUACAAAUCUCUCCUUCUUAUAUAUCUUGCAAAAUGAAAUAGACCUGGCUGAUAAAUAUGCUCUCAUGGCAAGAGAUUCAAAUGGAUACAAUGAUUCUGCUUUGGUAAAUUUGGGCAACUGCUGCUUCAAGCGAGAAGACUUUGAGAAGGCUCGAGAGCAUUAUGUAGCAGCUCUUGAGAUAGAUGCUUCAUGUGUAGAGGCUCUCUAUAAUCUUGGGCUGACAAAUAAGAAGCUGGGUAAUUAUGAGGAAGCCUUAGAGUCACUGUUGAAGAUGCAUGCAAUUGUACGGAACUACCCUGCAGUAGUUUAUCAGAUUGCCCAUUUAUACCAACUACUGUGUGAUAAUGACCAGGCAUCAGAAUGGUAUUUACAGCUGCUUGGUUUAGUCCCAACUGAUCCCCACAUCCAUCAACGUCUGGGACAAAUCUUUGACUCUGAGGGAGACAAACAACAAGCUUAUCAGUAUUAUUUUGAUUCUUACCGCUACUUUCCAAGCAAUCUUGAGGUCAUAGAUUGGCUGGGAUCUUACUUCAUUGAGCAUCAAGUUGCAGAAAAAGCCAUCAGUUACUUUGAACGUGCUGCUCUUAUGCAACCAGAUGAGGCAAAAUGGCAUCUGAUGGUUGCUGCCUGUCACCGUCGAUCUGGCAACUAUCAACAAGCUUUGCAAACUUACAAGCAGAUUAACAGAAGGUUCCCAGAAAAUGUUGAAUGUCUAAAGUUACUCAUUCGGCUGAGUAGUGAUUUGGGACUCAAGGAAGCAACAGAAUAUGCCCAGGAGUUGAAAAAGGUAGAGAGAGUACAAGAGCAAAGAGAGAGCCGAGCGGCCAGUGGAUCACGUCCUGGGUCCCGCAGAUCCUCAUCAAGGGCUUCACGUAGUGGGUCAGCUGCCUCAGGGCAUGAGGAACCUGGGGCAUUAACUCCAAAAAGCCCAGGCACAAGGGCCAGCUCAAGAAGUGCCCGUAGUAUACCAGGUUCAGCGCUGAGUGGAGGGAGGGCCACACGUCUGUCUCUCAAUGACUUGGAAGAGAAUGAACCUUACAUGCCAUCCAAUAAAGAAGUUGACAGCAGUUAUGUGGAUCCUCUUGGUCCUUUACAAGAAAGACCAAAGACAAGCCUCAGGCGAAAGCAAGAUGACGAUGACUUUGCUGAUGAAGAACUUGGUGAUGACUUGCUGCCAGAGUAACUUACUAGCAAAACUAUAUAGCGAUUCAAUAUCUAACAAGUUUAUUUAUAUCCCAAUCUUACUGUAUUUACACCAAAGAAAUAAUAAUGAAGGCCUUAACUUGUGAAUGAUUUGGCCAGAAAACUGUAACAAAACAAAUGAAAAGGCCUUAUUGAAUAUUUACCUGUAAUUAUAACUUUAAUGGUUCCAUGACUCAAUUGAUAGCACUUAGGUCUCCCAACCCAUGAGAUGUGGAUUCACUUCCUGGGUAAGUGGGGCAAGUGGGCCACUAUUAUUCUGUGGUGUGUGUUGAACUGGCUACCAGCCAUGUUUAUGCCCUAGGGUGUGGUACCUCUUUGUAUAUGGUGGCUGUCACUUCCACAAACUGUGGGAAACUUAAACAACUGUCCCAACCAAGCAAGUUAGUUAAUGAGAGCCCUGUAUGCGUUGUUUAGUUGGCAGUGGCCAUAUCCGGUGAUUCAACUUACUGUGUUGUUUAUUAGUAUGAAUUGUAAUUUUUGAGGAAACAUAUGCUGUAUGACAUUGUAGGCUUGAACCUUUGUUAAUUAUAUUUAAGGAGAAGUAAAAGUUUUUUGAAUGAUUAGAAAGACUUGCAACUAAUUCUGACCAAUUUUGAAACCAAUCUUUUAAAACUGUCACCACAUACCAUCAGGAUAACUGUCACAUACCUUUAGUUGUAUGUGUACCACCAGUUGAGGCACUCUAAACAUCUGCUAGAGACAUAAUGUACAUGAACACCCACCAAAACAAGUACUGUCUCUCCUCUUUCUCACAUCUAUGAACCCUGUGAAUCAUGUCUCUGUGAAUCCAAAAACAGCACACCUAAUGGAACUGUGUGUGUUGUUUUGGAUUCACAUAGACAUGAUUCAUGGAUGGGAGAGAGGACUGAUAUGGUUCUUUUUAAUGGGUGUACUUGAUAAUUUAUAGGUAGGUACAUAAUACACAGUGCUGUACAACAUAAGGAGUGAAAUGUUCUAAUAUCAGCUAAUCAACUUCAUGAAAUGGAAAACAGUGUACAGAACUGUACUGUACAUUGUUUACUCUUCCCAGUAAAUAUGCAUAUCCUGUACAGUAGUGGAACUGUGGAUGGUAACCAAUUAGUCAUAAUACUCACAUUCCUAGUCAUGAUUCAUAUUCUUUUAAAUUAAAUAUGCCAAAUGGCAGGCUUUACAUCUGUAUUGUACUUAGUAAAAACAAAAAAAUGUGCAGGCAUAACUCCCCACCACCAAUGAC